AGUGUAUCAAAACACUGACAAGACAGGCUGCCUGUGGAAACCCAGGCUGUGCUAGUUCUUGUGGAUUGGUGUUUGGUUUGCGACGAAUGCCGGAGGGAAGCUUGGGUAUACACUUAGCCUGACACUCCUAUCACACCGAAAGGACAUUUUGUUGCAUCCCCUCCAAAGGAAGUAGACUGCAGCAAUGGCAGAAGGAGGAUUUGACCCAUGUGAAUGCAUCUGCUCCCAUGAACAUGCUAUGAGAAGACUCAUUAACUUGCUGAGACAGUCCCAGUCGUACUGCACUGACACAGAAUGUCUUCAGGAGUUGCCAGGACCGAACCCCUCCAAUGAUGGUGACUUUACCAUGCCGAUGAUUAUGAUGGCAUGGAUGUUUAUUGCCCUGGUUUUGUUUCUUCUGAGACCAGCCCGCAUGAGGGGACCCAGUACAGAAGGGAAGCCUUCAAGCCCACAUAAUAAUCAUGGACAUGAACCCCCGGCGCCCCCAGUGGAUUAACCCAAACCGUCGCCUGGCGUGCAGCAGCCAAGGGCUCAUAUGAGGACCAAAUUCAUUACUGUGGCUUAGAUAACCCUUUGAGAUGUUUACAUGUCUCUGUUAAGUCAAUAUUUUCCUAUAUUGUUUCUUGUUACAAAUGGCUUCUUUAUCAAAGCAUUUGUUUUAUAUCUACACACUCUGAACAGGCGAUUACAAGUGAGAGGGGUAUUUCACAUGAUUGGUUCAACAUUCCAGAUAAAAUGUUUAUUUGACUACUUUAACCCAAUUAUUUAAUUUGCAUACUAUUAUGUAUAUGUUAAUAUAACACAAAACAAAUAUAUCAUAAAAAAUAAACAUUUAAAUAAUUUGUAAAACAUUCAUUUUGCGCAAAAAACUAGACUUUGUAUGUUUUAUAAAGAUGUGAAACUGAAUUUGUACAAUGUAGGGUUUUUGCUACAGAUAAGAUGCAUGUAAACUUUGAGAGGUCAUUGGUCGGUUAAAAUUAUGCCCAACAUUCAACGUCUUUAUUCCAAUUUGCAAUUUGUACCAUUUUUGUAAUAGGAAAACAACAUACUAUUAAUGUUAUAAAACUAGUAGCAAACAAGAGUAAUGCAAAUAUGAGCCUUGGAUGAUUUUUAGUAUUUUCUCACCAUUUAAUAAUUUGAUUUUACUUUUUAAAGUAAAUACUCUUUGGGCAAAAUAUUUUUUCUGGUACAAAACUGCAAUAUGUUUGAUUCAAAGUGUAAAUUUCACAUUGCCCCACUUGAUUUUGAAACAAACAAAACCAAACAACUGUUAGUUAAAACCAACUUCAUCUUUUAAUGACUAUAAAAUUGUAAAGUAAUUUGGUCAAAUGCCAGUUAAAACCCGGUGUCUGUUUAUAUAUGCUUGUAUUAUGUGUAUUUAUUUUUCUGUACAAAUUAUUAUUAAUAUCAUUCUAUAAAUCUUCUCAGUACUAAAAGAGUUUCAGUCAAGUCAGGAAUUUGUUACAAAAUUGGAUUUUUCUUUCAUGUCCCUUUUGGGCUCCAUAGAUUCUAAAUGUAUAUUUCAGUUUAGUUUAUUGCUUUGCUAAAGAUGUCCUUUUGUUUUAUACUGGUCAGCUUUUUUACUAGUUUGAAAAUGACCUCGUACUUGUAUAAACAUUUUACCCUUCUCAAGGUCCAAAUCUUAUAGGACUGUAUUGAGCUCAGUGUUUUGGUGCCUGCAGCAUUCUCAUAGUGCACAUUUGUAGUUGUUUUACACAGUUAUUCUUCAUAUACUGAAGUCUAAUGUUUAAGAUUCAAGAAACAUAGUUUGUAAAGUCUUUUUGUGGGCAGGGCCCAUGACUUUCCUUGUAAUCCGCCUUUCUAGUUUGUCCGACAUGACUUGCACACCCUAAAUGAAACUGAGCUGUAGCUUUGAGGCACUGUAAUGAAAUGCAUGAGUUGGUCUUCAUGUCUGGUGGAAGUGUAAACAGAAGGGAUGUACUUCCAAGUUACUGGAUACAUGGAGUCUGAUACAUUUUUUGUUCUUAACCUGGACAAAAAUGCUUUGUUUAUGCUGCUGCAUUAAAACUAUAGGUCUCCAGCCUGCCAGCAUGGUGUUAUGCCUACUGGCGACUAAUAGCUUAUGAAAAGCAGAGAAUGAAUUACUUCAUCCCUUUUAGAUAUUAACAGUUUUAGGUGGACACAAGUACCUCUUAAUUAGCAGUAUGUACAAAUUCUGACAGUUUGUUCUCAUUGUUCUUUCUCUUGAUAGAGAUGAGUGUCUGGUGUAAUGCUGUGUGCCAAACGUAGUGUGUGUUCCAUUGAUUCUUCAGAAUUUCUAAAAGGAGUGCCAUUUAGGGCUUAUGUACUGUAAAGGGCUUAUACUAUGCACUUUCUAAUUAACUAUAAAAUAAAUACAAGAGUGAAAAAAUGGUGCCAGUUUCUUUUUUAUGGUUGUAUAAAAAGGUAAUACUAGUUUAGGUUUAGUUUGACUGCUGGUUAAUAGGCUCAUCGAAGGUGGUUACCAGAAACCUUUUUGGAAGAGUCCUGUGAGCAGGGGUGUCAUUUGCUAUGGGGCUGGGGGGGUUGCCCCCUGUGUUACAUACCACAUCUUUAUUUUAAUUAAUGCACACCCACUCCCCCAAUGUGGCAUUAUGUCUUCC